GUGAGCGUUCGCGCGCGCGAGAUGACGCGGGCGAUGCGCGCGCACAGACCGGCGACGUCGCUCUUGGUGCGGAGGUUACAGUUGAAACGCGGCGUCGGGAAAUCGUCGUCGUCCUCGUCCUUGUCGUCGCUCGAGAGGGAGUCCGAGGCGACGGUGGGGGGAGGUAAAAGUACCACGCCCGCGGUGACGCCGACUUUGAAGAUUUUAGCGUUCGAGGACUCGUACGAUAUUCGAGACAUGUUGCGGGACGGCGACGUCGAGGUGGAGGGCACCACAGUCUUCUCGCAGAGAUGGACGAGCGAGAAUUGCUUGGAGGUGAUCAAGGAGUUCGAACCCGAUGUGUUGUUGCUCGAUUAUUACAUGCCACCGUUCACGGGGCUGGCGGUGCUGAAAAUGGUGAACGAAGAGGUGAAGGCUGGGAGAUUGAGACGCCCGAGAAGAAUUGUGGGCAUGUCGAGCGAAUCUUCGUGCAACGCGUCGAUGCUUCGCGAAGGCGCGGACGACGCGUGCGUUAAGUCGGAUAUCUCGUCGUGGAAUGGAUGGGAAAAUAGAUAA